AUGCACAUUAGGACCUUCAAUAAUGAAUGUGCCGAUCCAUCAUUGCCCUCCGUUGCGUUGAACGUGAAGGAAGGUCGGCAGUACCUGUCUGAAAAAUCGCAUGCGGCCUGGAAAUACGUGUACGAGCAUCACCUCAACGAUUCGGACUGGUUCCUGAAAGCAGAUGAUGACACCUACGUCGUCAUGGAGAAUCUUCGCUACAUGCUACUCAAGCACGAUAAUUUGAAACCUGUUUACUUUGGCUGUCGUUUCCACGAUUUCAUGAGUGGAGGAGCAGGAUAUGUGCUGAGCCGUGAGGCGGUGACGAGACUAGUGGAGAAGGCAUUGCCGAAUCCCAAGUCCUGUCCUCUUCGCGGGGAAGCUGAAGAUGUGUCCAUCGGUCUGAUACUCUUCCCUUUCUCCCUGCAUCAAGUGGAGCAAGAACCGUUUCGGAUCAUGAUCCCUCAAGAAUCGGGUACCCAUGCCGUCGCCUACAUGGGUUCUCAACCAGUGCUUCCAAAUUGGGAUGCGGAGAAGUUGCCGACGGAGCGGAUGCGGAAGGUGCGGGUCCUGUGUUGGAUAAUGACCAUGCCGGGGAAUCACGAAAAAGCGAUGCACGUGAAGAAAACCUGGGGGAAGCGUUGCGAUCAACUCAUCUUCAUGAGCUCCCGGCAUGAUCCAUUGUUGCCCACCGUGGCACUGGACGUGAAGGAAGGUCGGGAUCAUCUGUCUGACAAAUCACACGCGGCCUGGAAAUACGUCUACCAACACCACCUCAACGAUUCGGACUGGUUCCUGAAAGCAGAUGAUGACACCUACGUCGUCAUGGAGAAUCUCCGCUUCAUGCUCCACAAGCACGAUCCUCUGAGACCAGUUUACUUUGGCUGUCGUUUCCAUGGUUUCAUGAGCGGGGGAGCAGGAUACGUGCUGAGCCGAGAGGCAUUGAAUAGAUUAGCGGAAGAGGCAUUACCGAAUCCGAAGACCUGUCCGCUUGGGAAGGAUGAAGACGUGUCCAUCGGGAAAUGCCUGACCGCAGUGGGAGUGGAAGCGGGCGAUUCCCGAGACGAGUUUGGACGCUGGCGCUUCUUCCCCUUCAAUCCAGAGACUCAUCUCAACCCCAUCGCGGAACACCGAUUCAACUGGCUGUUUAGAUUCACUCACUACAAUUACACGGAAGGACCCGAGUGCUGUUCGGACACGGCCAUCGCCUUCCAUUACGUCUCCCCCAAUCUCAUGCACGCGAUGGAGUAUCUCAUCUACCGCAUACAUCCGUAUGGAGUCUGCUCCAUCGAAAAGCCUGAUAAUGCUUUGUCAUGA